GACUUUGGACUUGGACUUGCGAGGGCGAGCACUGGCAGCAAAGCGCGACAGCAGCGGCCAUGGCGAAAAAGGGGACGGCGACGCCGCUGGGCGCCGUGUUCUCGCAGGAGGAGACGAGGAGGGCCGUGGCGCGGGUGGCCCAGGCCGUCGCCGACCGCCGCGCCGAGCUCGGCCGCGUACAGGGCUUCUUCGCCGACAACGCCGCCCUCGUCUCCCUCGUCCAGAGGCUCCCCGACGAGCUCUCCCACGAAAUCAUGGUCCCCUUUGGCGGCGCCGCAUUUUUCCCGGGGAGUUUAAUCCACACGAAUCAGCUACUGGUGCUUCUAGGGGACGGGUACUACGCGGAUAGGUCAGCGAAGCAGACGACCGAGAUACUGCACAGGAGGGGGAUGGAGUUGGAAGCUCAAAUGGAAGCGAUCAAGGCAACUAUCUCCGACCUUGAGGCUGAGGCCAAGUUCUUCGAGUCCACUGCCGCCGAGGCCUCUGAGGGUCUUGUUGAAAUAAGGGAAGAAUAUGAUGAAGACGCAGAAAUAAGUUCAUCAAAAUCAGAUGCUUCAAGUUCUUAUGGUGGCAUGUCAGAUAAAGACAUGGAACAUGCUCGAAACAUGGCGAGGUUAGCUGAACUUGAAGUUGAAGAAAAUGAAUCUGGAAAUACUUCUGAAGAAGAUGGAGAUGAUGAUGAUGACGACGAAGGUGCUGGAACAAGUGAGGAUGGCGAGGAAAAUGGUGACACAUCUGGUGAUGGCAGUGAGCAUGACAAUGUCAGUUUUAGUGCCUCGGUUUCUGGAAGUGCUGGUAACAAUCAGAGUCAUGGAAGUACCCAGCUGAAGAGUGCACUGAAGAAGCUAGGAGGAAAGGAUAUGCUAAAAGGUGCUUCUCUUGCACCAUCAGCCAGCACCUCUAAAAUAAACUCUGAAGUUCAGGUUCCUUUUAGAAAAGCUGUUUCUUUUAAAGACGACAACAGGCAUGUAGUUAGUUCGUUGAAAUCUCCUUCCUUGCCACAGGAUCCAAAUUAUCCUGCAGUAUCUCAGCUUACUUCAGACAGAGCUCCAUCUCGUGAUCGAAAUAUAAUAUCAAGUCGACAAAAGGCAUUCACAGGAUCUAUUGUUGAACAUGAUGACAGUCUUUCAGCAAUUCAACCACCAAGAAGUAAUGAUAGUGGGAAAGCUGUUAGCGAUGCUCCUUCAAGGCCUGUAUCCAGAUUCAAGAUGCAGAAGGGAGGGCGUUGAGUCUUGCCUCUUUGACACUAGAAUGAAUACAGAUUCAUCUACAAGUCAAAGGCAACAGCUGCAUUGACACCAUGCCACAUCAAGACGGUCUUUUUUUCUGCCGCAGCCAUUGAGUUUUUGUCACUGCGCGAGGAAGGGGAAAACUAUAGAUGCGCUGAACGUAUGGCACUAGCUUUAAGGGCUGAUAUUGAUAAGAUUUCUGUAUCUUUUUAGGAUUAACAGUGCUGCCAACAAUGACAUUGGUGGAAACUUCUCCACGAAAGAUCAGCUCUAUGAUAUCAGUUCGUCUAAGCUGUUGAGCACCUCAAACUGACUUUGCAAUUGCCUGUAUGGAAUGGGACACCUGACAUUAAUUGGCAAA